UCAACUCACGGCAGAGAACCAGACAACACCCUCACAAAAUGAUUCGCGGGAGCGAAACAAAAUUAACUUGUUCACAGAGCAGGAGGAGGAGGAUUUGGUUGAGUGAUACAAGGAGCAAGUGUUCUUAUAUGACAAGGAGUCGAAGGACCACAAAAAUCGUGACAAGAAGGCUCGAGUUCUAGAAGAAAAGGGAAGAUCCAUGCUCCCUCCUGUAAAAGGUGGGCAGAUUUUCACCUGGAUAGACACACAUCGAACAAGGUUCUGUAAACUAACAACACCUAAGUCAGGGAGUGGGCGUCCCGUUCUGUCCGUGAGGGAGAAAUGGAUUUUCGAAAAAUUCAGCUUCCUCAAGGAGCACAUCAGAUGUGUCCCCCAGCGUCAGUCACAAAUGUUUGGUAUGCAGCCUGACCAGCAAGAGACGCAAGGAGAGCAGGGGGAGGAGGCUGAAGAGGAAGUGAUCCUUGAGGAGUUGGAGGAUGCUGUUGUGGUCGCCACACCCUCCAUCACCGUCGCACCUACGGUCUUCACCCCUUCCACCAGCACUACCCCUGCAGGAAAGAGGAAGCGCACCCCGACGGAUGACGGUGCAUUAAUCGAAAAGGUUUUGGGUCAUCUCUCCGACUCCCGAGAUGUGAGGCAGCGACUACAACGACUUGAGCAUCGAACGCCUCAACAACACAAAGUUCACGCUUUCUACGAAUACAUGGAAUGCCUGACAUGGAUCCUGUUCUCUGGCGGCGGUAUACGGCAAAGGUUAUGGAACUGGGGAAUCAGUUCAUGGCUGAAGAUGAUAAAAAGAAGAGAAAACACGUAUCCCCAAUCAAGGUCCCGCCCAGGGGACAUUGGCCAGGCCUGCCAGGUGAUGGGGGACAUUUGUAUUAUCCUCCUCACUUCCCCACCUACCACCAGCUCCAGCCUCAACACCCUGGUGUGGAUGUGCAGCCACGCCCUCGCACUCCCCACACACCUUCAACCUCGACGUAUUCAUCCCUGGAGGGAGAGGCCCUGCUAGCCCCUCGCUCCACCAGCGAGUGAGAUCAAGCAGACAUGCCCUGCCCAGUAUUUAAUCUUGGUUGUUGUGAAAUCAAAUCAGGUGAGGUCUGGUAAACAAGGGAGCGGCUGCUGUGACCUGUCAACCUCAUCUUUUCCGCUCCGUGUCUCCGCCCAUCCUACCUCCCUAU